AUGAAGUUCACAAAACAGUUACUCGCCUCCCAGCCAGACCUCUACCACUUGGCAACUCACGCCGCCUUCCUCGACGCCGCCGCAAAAGGCACGGUCCCCAAGGCCACCCUCGGCCGCUGGCUCGCCAAUGACAGGCUCUACAUCCACGCCUACGUCAAGGGCGCGGGCCGUCUGCUCGACCUCCUCGACCUCCCCGACCUCGUCAACCCCGACGGCCCCGCUGCGACGGAGGAGAGGCUGCUACAGUGGCUCGUCGACGCCCUCGUCAACGUCCGGCGCGAGGAAAAGUUCUUCGUCGACGUGGCCGCCAAGUUCGGCAUCGACGUGAACUUGCCGGCGCUCGACUCCUCAUCCCAGGGCGGCCUCCGCGUGCGCAGCGAGGAGAAGAUUGCCGGGCUCCGGGCCUUUGAGAAGCUAUUCAGUCGUAUCGGCACGGGCACGACGCCUCCUCCCACUGCCGCGGGGGUGAGGCGCCAAGAUGAACCGCGACAGACGUUGCUACCGUGGCUAGCACCCGCCGUGCUCUUCUGGGCCACGGAGAAGUGCUACCUAGAAGCCUGGUCCGGCGCCAAGGCCGCGCAGGAGGAGGGCAGAGACCCGGCCGCCGACGCUGACGGCGGCGCAUUGAGGUCCGAGUUCAUUGACAACUGGAGCAGCGCCGAGUUCAGAGAUUUUGUGGACCAACUGGGCGAUAUCAUCGAUGAUGGGGUCGAAGAAGCGAUCCGGCGGCACGGCGUCGAGACGCUCAGGGACCAGGAGUGGACUUCGGAGACUUGGAAAGAGGUCUUGGUGGCGGAGAAAGAUUUCUGGCCGCAGGAAACGGAAUAG